GAAACAUCUGUACAACAAAGACAACGAACAAUAUCACUAACUACAGUAAACCUAGCAACAGCACUGAUCCAACAAUGUCACCAAUCGUCAGCCAACACUUGCUAUCAAAACUGAAAACCUACCGCAAGCGCAUAACACGCAAAAAAAUUUAACCAGUCGCACAACGUAGAGUAUGCUCUUCAUUUCAACAGAUCACGAAGAUAAAUGACCUUCGUGGAAGACACCACAGCUUUAUAUGGAUGACUUGGAAGCCUCCGAAAUUCACGACACCAGAGGGGACCACGAAAACCAGUUUUAUCAUUUUAUGAAGAAUGCAACUACAAAAUCAAAAAGAAAUCGUAUGAAUAUUCAUGACAAAUUUGGCAAAAAGCUGUUUUGCGGAUACCUCUAAGGUUAGCUUUACACUUCAAAUUUGUCUAGAAUAUAUCGGUACCGCUGCAAUCGAAUGCUAGAAGUUUUUUUUCGGGAUAGCUCACUAGCUCUUUAAACAGUCAACUGAAAUCGAAUCGAAUAAGUAUUGCUACCAUGCAUCCCUCUUUUAAUGCAAGAUUUGACCUGGUCGAAAAGGAUUUCCACGGUCACAAAUUGAUAAGUUUUUUUUUAUUUGUGUUUGAGAGGUUGUAUUCCUCACAAUUAACACCGUGAGAGAUAGAAUGGUAAUACUAUGACACAGAUCUGAAGGUAAACCUUGUCACAUUCUACUGUAUGAGCUUAACUUGGCUACCCCAUUGUACUGUGGAGCGAUCCCUCAAUAUGUAUCCCACGAAUGCUGCACAACACCUAACACAUCCGCUGAUCUUCAAAAACCAACAAAGCAGGUUUGAAAGUGAUAUAACAUAUACCAUUGAUGAAUAAAAAAGUCAUAUCAACAUUCAAGAAACACCCACGCACAUCACCGCAUUCUAGCUUGUGCAGUGUUUCUCAAACCAUCUCAAUCAUUAUGUUAAUAAUAUAAAAAAAGCAUUAUACAAAUUUCAACACAUAUCCACGGUAGCCAAUAAUAAUCUGUUUUUCGAUGCUAGCCUCUACUGCAUUCGACGAAUAACUAAAUAUGUUGAAUUGGAAAAAGAAGCUAACAAAGUUCAAUUCAAGAGAAAAACCCUGCAUUUUAUGCAUCUGCUUAUCGGAAACGAGUUUGUGGUUCCUAGGGUGUUGGACAUAGUGAGCUUUUGGCAGGUUUAUCCCAUUCGUGUUUCUGAAAUCAACCUAUGCAGAUGGGUUGUGGUUUAUUGGUGUUUUGGAUCUUCGGAUCGGUUGCGCUUUCGCAUCGAUUUGUACUCGUAAGAAGUGAGAAUGUUGAAGCUGAUUAUGACGGAGAUCGGUUAAACGAAACAACCCAGUAUCAUGCCCUAGAUGCGUUGUUGCUCGAAUCAGUUGAAACUGAUCUCAAAGAAGAUCGGUUAAACGAAACAACCCAGUACCAUGCCUUAGAUGCGCUGUUGCUAGAAAUUGAUGGAUUCAACAAGAUGGAUUUCGACUCACCUACCCAAACAAAACUGAUCACACCUGUCCCUUGCCCAUUCAAUGCUUCUGAGUGGGAAUAUCCCCACAUAGUUUCGGUGGUUGACGUAGAAAAGCGUGAGGCAUUGUGCAUUGGAUCCCUCAUAUGGGAUGAUUUUGUACUCACAGUGACGGAAUGUAUAUCAAGCCGUCCCGUCGCUCGCUUACAAAUAGCUAUAAACAACCCGAAUCAGGCGAGCUGCCUAAUGCGUAAAAUAGCACAAACGUUUACGCAUCCUUACUACCCGCAGCGCAGACAAGCAAUAUUCAACAUAGCAUUAAUUAAACUGGACAAAAGCGUCCCUGUAAAACUACAUGUUAUUCCCACAUGCUUUUGGAUGAACGACAAAUUUCCAGUUGAUGGGUCAACGGACAUACUUGUUGUAGAAGGUGACAUGAAGUCAUCUCGUAUCAUGUCAAGUUAUACGGGUCACUUGAACAAAACUGAGUACGUUACUCCAUCCGCAAAGACAAAGCACAACAACUGCAUGCCCAAAAGAUCAAAGCUUAUUUUUGCGAUGGUCAAACAGAAGGAAAAACAUGUGCCUCACUUGGUUGCUGUCAGCUGUGAAACAUCUGCCACGAAAACAUUAAUGUCCAUCGCUACAUUGUUACCCUGGAUAACGGAAGUAUUGCGACAGAAUAGUACGAAUGAAUUUUUAGACGAUGACAUAAACUCAUGCUCCAAACGCCACUAUGACAUACGUGAUUAUGAUUUCAAUGUUCCUAAUGGCAAUCCUAUAUUUGAUUCAUGCGAAGCGCAUUUUGAAAAAAGCGACCAUCAAGUGCGAAUCAUUCAAACAGAUGAUAAAGAGAACAACAACACCGUCUGUUACGGAGCUCUCGUUCAACGUAAUGCUGUGGUCACUUUAGCGGAAUGUGUCGUGAAUCUUAUUGCCGAUGAACUGAGAGUUGCGUUUUCCGAUUUUUCCAUGGAUGUUCGAGACGUUGUUGUGCAUCCAGAGUUUGGCGACGCUAGUGACAUCUUUGUGAACAACAUAGCGGUAUUGAUGCUCGAAUAUCCCGUGCCGUUUUUUUCUGUCUCUACGGGGUGGUACGAAGAUACAUUGGCCAGUGAAGAAAUGUGGAUCUCCGGAGAGUAUAAGGAACGCAUGUUUCUGAAUUGUGAUCCGUCCAGAAACGAGACAUUUGAGUCUGCAUCCGUUUACGCAACCGUGCUCCAAAACGCAGAAUGUCUCGAUAAACUACCUCAGCUUUCACGGCAAAAUAAUAACACACAGCAUCUUUGUCUGGAAGUAAAGUCAGCCACUGCUUUGGACAUUUGCAACAUCAACAAAGGAGCUGCACUGGUCGUUUCGAACGAAACUUUCAAUAACAUUUACGGAUUGAAUUUACUGCAGCAUGAUUGUGAUAUGAGCAAACCAAUAGUUGCGGUGCGUCUGAGUGCCCACCAGAGUUGGUUGAGGUCUGUUUUACAAACUUGGAGUAUAAACAUAAGACAGGACUUGCAUCUUAACGACCGCUGCACGUAUCCUGGAGGAUUCGAGGGACAGUGCGCCGAAAAGCAAGACUGUCCCGGCGCUGAUGAGCGUAUCCCGCCGUCCCUACCGCCUAUGUUCUGCAGCAAUCGAUCGGUUAUUUGCUGCCCAGAUAAAGUGCAGCCAAAGCUAAAUGCAAUUGAAACGGAGUUCAAUGAAUGUGAAAACCGAUAUCGUCAUCUAAGACAGUCGCUUGUCGCCCAAUCCUUUCAGUCACCUCAUCUGGUCGAGCUUGGAUGGGAAUAUGAUCGUUUUAAGCUUUUCGAUUGUCUUGGUUACCUGAUCAGCAGCCGGGGAGUUGUAACAUCGGCAUCUUGUGUGAAAGCGAAAUUUGCUUAUCCAAACAUCGUGCGUAACGUACACCCUACUGAUAGGAUUGUUGUACCGAUAGAAUCCGUACACAUUCAUCCAGAAUAUAACGAAACGGGUGAAGCGCAUGAUAUUGCUCUGAUAAAACUUUCGACGGAAGACUACAUGACGGUGAAUUUAUUCCCAGUUUGCCUAUGGCAGAGCUUCAAUGAGCAAUUCCAGCGACAAGGUCAUUUGCUUGCUGUCUUAAAAGAACAUGAAUGCCGGCUCAAGCCAAUGAGUCAACAGGAAUGCAAUGUGAUAUCGAAAUACCCGACAGUGGAGUCUGAACUGUGUCCCUAUGAUCCGUUUGUGCGCUCCUGUUCGUUGUACUAUAUUCCUGCAUUGAAACAUUCUGCUGUAAAGUGUAAGUUUGCCGAAGAUGAUAGUAAGCUCUGUGGUAGCUGUAUAAACCCUGGUACUCCUAUUAUACUGAAAAACUUACUGGACGUCGAAGAUAUUCCCGUAACUUACUUGUAUGGCAUACACGGAGCUAGAGAAUGUGACACAAAGGAUAUUCGCUUCAUUCUUCGUACCGCAUAUUACAUCGAUUGGUUUGCAAAAGUGCUGAAGUAAGUUGUACAGAGUAAAAAUCUUCAACUGUAUGAGCGCAUUGAACAACAAUCACAGUGACUCAUGUAUGAUAGAAUAUCCUAUGGAGCGAAUAAACCUAGAAAGGAAAAAAAA